CCAAUAAUAACCCCUCCCACUAGGAAACCCCCAAGCUCAACCAGUGGGUUACCUGCAGCCCCCAUGCUAAACCGCGAUCCCCCUUCCUCACCCCAAAACAACCCCAGCCACCCUACCCUACCCCCCACCCACAUCCUCAAAGCGCCUCCAAACGAGACUACCCCCAUCGAUAGACCAGGGACAGACAAGGCACAGUCCCCCUCUGGACCAGAACACUUCCACAGAGAGUACCCUCCUGGGGCCAAGGACUAUCCCCCUGGUGGCCCACCCUCCACGGGCCUGGCCCGUGAGUACCCCAGCCCUCCCGGAAUGACUCCAAACCUGGGCCGAGACUACCCAGGUGGACCUCAGAUCCCCCACCUGCCCCACCCCCACUUUCCAGCCCAGCAGCCCAGAGACAGGGACCGAGAGAGGGACACCAACCAGCGAGAGUCGUCUCUCUACCAAAACCGUGGAGGUCCCCCCCAACCUCCGUCCCUUUCUCCCUCCUCUGCCUCCUCAACUCCUCAUGGACACCCUCCGAAUGCUCCUUACCCUCCUCCGCCACCUCCUCCCCCUCUCCCCCCUCCCCAAACCUCCCUUGCUCAGCCCCAACCCCCCUCCGGCCUGGGACCCAAUCACGUUCGUCCGGCAAAUUACCCUUCCUCCAAUCAGACUCCUGCAACACCCCUCUCUCCUUUACUAAACCCCUCGACCAAUCAGAUGGGAGGGUUUCCUUCCUACCCGCCAGGCUCCUCCUCCGGGGCCAACAUGUCACUUCCUGGUUCAGGUGUGUCACCUGGCUGUCGGCCCUCACCCUUCCACAGCACUUUGAACAGCCACGCCCCCUUCAGCGGCCCCUACCACUCCAAUGGGAACAGUGGGAACAACCUGGUCCCGACUAACAGCAAUAAUAACAGUAGCAGUGGCAGCAGCCAUACCAACUCUCUCUCUCAGUCCCUCUCACCUCAAAACGCCUCAAAAGGACCCCCACCUCUUAGUAACCCCGGCAACAACAAUGGCACUUCGGCCCCUGGCUGUAGCUCCUCACUUCCUAGAGAUGGGCAUUCUGAUUCGUCCACAGGUCCACCUCCCCCACCUGUCAUCAAGGAGGAACCAAUAGAGGAGAGGGAGGAGAGUGAAAGCCCACCUCCUGUUUUGAGAAGCCCCUCCCCUGAGCCCAAGCCGGUGGACAUUCCGAUCCACGCCAGCCAAUCAGCACGGUUCCACAGGGUUCUAGAUCGGGGCAGUGGAAACUCCUGCGCCCGCAGCGACGUUCUCUUCGUCCCCCUGGACGGCUCCAAACUGUGGAAGAAGAGGAACGAGGUGAUCGAGAGGGCCCGGAGAGAGGUGGAGCAGAGGGCCAGAGACCUGAGGGAGAAAGAGCGGGAACGAGAGAGGGAGAGAGAGAGGGAGCGGGACCUGGAGAGGCAUCUACAACAACAGAAGGACAAUAACAAUGCAAAUAUACAACGCCAGGGAUCCUCUCUCUUCUUCCCCUCCUCUUCCUCCAUCCUCCUCGACCCUAACUCUUCUUCAAACCCUGGGUCUCACCCUCAACCUCACCCCCAGCAGCACCACUCCCACCCUCACCCCCACGCUCACCUCCACCACUCCCACCUCCACCCCUCCCUCUCUCAACACAUCCCACACUCCCUCCUCAUGCAGUCAAUGGGGGGUUCAACGGUGAUUGGCCCACAGGGGGCUCUGGGGAUCGGGUUAGGAGGGCCGUACCUGGGCCCUGACACCCCGGCACUGCGGACCUUGAGCGAGUACGCCCGGCCCCACGCCAUGUCCCCCCUCGGGGCUAGUCGCCAACACCAACACCCGCAUGUCCACCAUCAUGGCCACCCUCAUGGCCACCCCCAUGUCCACCCCUCCUUCUUCCUCCCCCAGUUCCAGAACCAUGCUCUGGCCCACCCACAUCACAUGCCUGCUGAUGCAGCCACAGCGGCAGCCAUCUUGGGUUUCCUCUAUGGGGGCAGUAUGGAGGGAGGGCCAGGGGGGCAUGGAGGAGGACAUGGGGGGAUGGGGGGUGCAGGGUUAGGGGGGAUGGGGUUUCCCCAUGCAGUGGCAGCCCACCGUGAGCGCAUGAAGCCGGGGUUUGAGUUUAAGAGUGAGGACAGGGUGUACCAGCCGGGCUCCUUGGGAGAUCCUACGGCUCUCGCCCUCGCCCACUCCCACUCGCAUGCCCACGCACACGCUCAUGCACAUGCUCACUCCCUACUGCUGGGGGAGGGGUGGAGUCCCUCUCCAACCCUCCCCCUUCUCCCUGCUUCCUCCCUCGCUCCCCUCUCACCCUGCACCUGCACCAGCCCCUCCACCCCCGGCCCCUGCAGCUGCACCUCUGCCUGCUCCUCCUCCACCAUCCUCCAACCCUGUUUCAUCCCUCCAUCAUCCCGCACCGCACUCCUUUCCCAGCUCCCUCCCCCAUCUCACCCCCCACCUGCCCCUGCCCCGGUGACCGCCCCUCCUGAGACCUACCCCCCUCCCACUCGCUCCCCCACCACCUCUGAGAGAGAGAGGAGUGGAGAGAGGGAGAGAGAAAGAGAGCGAGACAGAGCGGGGCUGCCAGCCGGUGGAGAGAGGGGACGAGAGAGGGAGAGGGAGCGAGAGAGAGAAAGAGAAAGAGGGGGAAGCAAUGGAAGUGGAGGAAGUGGUGGAAGUGGAGGAGGAGGAACAGGAGGAGGAGAGAUUCCGGGGCGUCUUCAGAUGUUGAACGUCACGCCUCAUCAUCACCAGCACUCACACAUCCACUCCCACCUGCACCUGCACCAGCAAGACACAGCGGCGGGCGGGGUGCACCCCCUGAUGGACCCGUUGGCGUCGGGGUCUCCCCUGGCCCGCCUGCCCUACCCAGGGGCAGCGCUGGGCACCCCCAUCCUGGCACACCCCCUCACUGAAAGCGAGGUGCUACGACAACAGCUCUUCGGAGCUCCGUUCCGUGAGCUGCCCCAGCCCUCCUCUCUGACAGGUUCCAUGUCAGCGGCCCACCAGCUCCAGGCCAUGCAGCAGGCCCAGAGCGCAGAGCUGCAGAUCCAGAGACUGGCCCUGGAACAGCAGUGGAUCCACCACCACCACCAUCACUCCCUCACCCAGGACGAGUACUACAGCCACUUAAAGAAGGAAAGCGACAAGACCCUGUAAGGGAGGAAACAGAGAGGGGGAACAAGCCCAAAGACAAACCCAAAGGAGGAAGAAAGGAGAGAAAUAUCUGCAAAGGAAGAAGAAAACAACAAAACAGAAGCACUAAGAACAAUGAAGGAAGCAUCAAACCAUAGGAGCCUGAGGAGAAAUGAACUGAUUGCAAAACCAGAUGAAAAAAGGGAGAGAGGGAUGAGAGGAGUGAAAACGUUGCUCACAGUCUGUGUUGUCUGUACUAUACCAUAGCCCCAGACUCUGGGCGCAUCACAGCGUAUGUUGUUCAACUCCAGUUUUGUAUUGUGCCCUGUACAGUAUACUAGGUGGGAGCAGCAAUAUAAUGCAGUACAGUCUGGUGUAAAUGACCUUAUGCCAGGAAGAAUGUGUACAUGAGGCUCUCUUUUAUGUCAUUGCAUGUAGCUCAGCGCUUAUUCUGAACUGGUUGAACUCCUGGUUCUAUUUUUAGUAAUCGCCCUCUUUCCUAACGGGUGGGUGGUGUAUGAGUAUGCAUGAGACCAGCGAUUAAUGAGUGUCAUAUUAUGUUAACGAUUAGUUGUAUUGUUAUUAUUAUUCAUGUCUGUUUGUUGAUAAUUCUAUAAUUCUAUAUACAUAUUAUUUGUAUUGUUAUUUUAUUACAUUUUCAUGGUAUGACGGUUUCUUUAGUUUUUUAUUGUGAAACGAGAUGCAAAUGAAGGAAAAAGAUAAACUACAUCAUUUUUGGGGGAAAAUA